AUGAUGAAUAGUGUUACAACAUCAAUAUUUCCGAAUAAUAAGAAGUUUAAACAAAAUAAUAAUAAUAAUAAUACAGAGAGCAUACGUAAUUUAAUUCUAAAACAUGCUCGAUUGGGUCAAGUGAAACAAGUAUUGGAAUUACUCUCUCGUAUUACAUUACCAAAAAAUUCACCGAAUGACAAGAUUAAAGAAAUUGAAUUGGAAAAGGAAAAUAUAAUCCAUACACUCAUGUUGGCCUAUGCUAAGAAGGGCUCACUUCACAAGACUGAAAUUCUCUUUAGAAAAUUACAAAAUCCAACACUUAAAUGUUAUACAAUAUUGUUGGGAGUAUAUGCAGAAAAGGGAUUAAUAGAUAAGGUUAAACAAUUGUUUUCCAAAAUUGAAAAACCAGAUCAAGCAUGUUAUGUUGUAUUAAUGAAUACUUACUCGAAAUUGGGCAUGUUUGACAAGAUUCAAAACAUUUAUUCCAAUAUUUAUUACAAGUUGUUGAAUUCCAAAUCCUUGGAAGGCAACAAUGAAACCAAGAGUGGAAAUGAAUUACUAGUAGAUUUGACCCAAGUUAUCAAGAGUAAUUAUAAGGAAGAAUGCAAGGAAUUUAAAUAUUAUAAGGAUAUAUUUAUAGUUGUUUCGGGAUUCAAAAUGUAUUACCACUUGAAAAAGAAGGAAUAUUUACUAGUUGAAGACACAUUCGCUAAAGCUAGGGAAUUUAUUAAUAACGAUAACAUUAAUAUUCUGAAUGUUUACCUACAAUCACUAAUUCAUAGAAACACUAGUAUAGAACAAAUUGAACACUUUAUUAAGAAUUCUAUUCGAAAUCCUGACCAUGUUACAUAUCAUUUAUUAAUGGUUUACUAUCACAAAUUGAAAAAUUAUGACAAGGUAGAAAAGUUAUACAAGGCAGUAACUCAACUCGACGAUAUUGAUACACAAAAGAGAAAUUAUUUUGAUGCCAUGAUUAUGACAAUGUUUUAUGAAAGAGAAAUGUUUGAUAAGGUUGAAAAGAUUUUCAGACAAAUCAAAUCUCCAGAUUACAAAUGUUAUUUGAUUUUGAUGAGAUGUUACCUCAAACAAAUGGAUUCAGAUAAAAUGAUUCAACUCUUCAAGGAAAUGCCAAACGAAUUGGUUAAUGACAAUCUGGUUACAGAGAUGAUGCAAAUGACUCUCCAUGCAAAUAGGAAAUAAAUGAUAUUCAAGACUACAAUUUUUUAAA